UUCAAGCAACUCUUUACAAAAUGGCGACCGUUGUUGUUUUGCUGCAGAGACAGUGAAUAUCAACAUUUUUCCUACACUAUUUUGCAAUCGUUUGCAGAAUUGCAGCCGUAAAGCCCCAGCCGUACCAAGGGUCGGCUCCGUGUGGACUGAAAUGAAAGGUAAAGAGCGGUCGCCGCUGAAAAAACGAUCCCGGGCCUUGGACGACAUUCGAGACAGGGGAGGAUGCCACCCGAGCAGCAAGAAAAUGGGGGCUCUUUCCGUUUCAAGUGGGAGUAAUAAUGGAAACAGCUCUGGGAAAAGCGACGGUUCAACGAGGAGGAGUCUGCUCGGCGAGAAAAGGGACAGGGACUUCGAUGGACACAGUCGGACGGGUAAUAACCACAAUUGUCAGCCUGGCGCCGUCAGCUCCGUCAGUAAAAACCACAGCCUGAGCCUGUCGCUGGACGUAGCCUCUGCGAGGAGCACGUCCCGCGGGGAGCAGCGACUCCAAGCGCCUGGUGCCGAGAGUGAGUACAAAACCCUUAAAAUCAGCGACCUCGGCACGCAGCUGAGCGACGAGGACGUAGAAGAUGGACUCUUUCACGAAUUUAAGAAAUUCGGUGACGUGAGUGUUAAGCUGAGCCGCAGCAACGACGAGCGGAUCGCCUUCGUGAACUUCAGGAAGCCGGAGGACGCCCGUGCUGCAAAACAUGCCAGGGGGCGGCUGGUACUCUACGACCGGCCGCUAAAGAUCGAAGCGGUGUACAUUAACCGGAGGAGAAGUCGUUCUCCUGUGGAGAGGGACUUAUACGGCGCUGCUCCGAGCCACAGACACUUGCAGAGGCCCCUCUCGCCUACCGGCCUCGGAUAUAGAGACUACCGACUACAGCAGCUGGCCUUGGGACGGCUGCCCCCUCCCCCGCCGCCCCCCUUGCCGAGAGAACUGGACAGGGAAAGGGAGUUUGCCCUGUUCGAGGCCAGAGCUCGCCCAGCUUUUAUUGCAGAGCGAGCCGCCUUCCGUGAGGAGGAUUUUAUUUCACCAGAGGACGACCAAAGAGCCAAUAGGACAUUGUUUCUGGGCAACCUGGAUAUAAAUGUUACUGAGGCCGACCUGAGGAGAGCCUUUGACAGGUUUGGUGUCAUCACAGAGGUGGACAUUAAAAGACCCAUAAGGGGUCAAACCAGCACAUAUGGCUUUUUGAAAUUUGAGAACCUCGACAUGGCUCACCGUGCUAAGCUUAGCAUGUCUGGGAAAAUAGUGGGCCACAACUCCAUAAAGAUAGGCUACGGCAAGGCCACUCCCACCACGCGCCUGUGGGUGGGUGGACUUGGACCCUGGGUCCCCUUAGCUGCCCUUGCGAGAGAGUUUGAUCGCUUUGGCACAAUCAGGACCAUAGACUACAGGAAGGGGGACACCUGGGCCUACAUUCAGUAUGAGAGUUUGGAUGCUGCACAGGCGGCAUGCACACACAUGCGAGGCUUCCCUCUCGGGGGCCCAGAGCGAAGACUUCGUGUUGACUUUGCUGACACUGAGCAUCGUUACCAGCAGCAGUUCCUGCAGCCUCUCCCAAUACCACCCUUUGACAUGGUGGCUGAGUCAUUUGUCCAUCGUGCCACGCCAGAACCUUUGAGGGUCAGAGAUCGGACUCCCCCUCCACUUCACUUCAGGGACAGAGAGCUCUUCCCUGGCGCAGAAUGGUCCAAUCCGGCUAUUCGUGAGCGACUACGGGCCUCUCCCUUUGAGCCCCUGGAGCACUUGGAACGUGAGCGGCGGGUGCGAGAGCCAUGGUCUUUGGAGCGAGAGCUGCAGGGGCGAGAGCCGGCUCGCAAACGGCGCUUAAUGGAAGAUGGGCGCCACCUCGAUCACUCCCCUGACAGCUCUGACAGGACAGUAAGGCGUAGGCGUGCCUCACCUGAUGGCAGUCCUGGAGGGAGCAGCAGAGAUGGACGCUUCAGUGACUCAGAGCGCCCGCUGCGGGGUGACAGACCAUCCCCUGCUCGAGAGCGCCAUAACAGCCUGGAUCGGGGCGGAACUGAACGGAGACUCAAAAGUCAGAGCCUCCCUGACAAGGGACCAUCAAACAGCAACAUUUCACCAGCCGGAGAACGUAAACGCAAAACAGUCGACGGUGGCAAAGGCACAGCAAAGAGGGAUCGCUCCGAGAGCUCCUCCAAAAGUGGACAGCAGUCCAAAUCAGAUGGCACCAAGCUGAGUUUUGCCUGGCAUGGAAUGCUACUCCUUAAGAACAGCAACUUCCCGGCCAACAUGCACCUGCUGGAAGGCGACCACAGCGUUGCCAGCGAUCUGCUCAUGGACGGGGCCACAGGCAAACAGGUGUGCGAACUAAAGAUCACCCAGCGUCUCCGGCUGGACCAGCCCAAGCUCGACGAGGUUUCCCGGCGCAUCAAAGUAGCGGGGCCAGGCGGCUACGCCAUCCUCAUGGCGGUUCCCGGGAGCACAGAGGAUUCUGCGUCUGACCCCGCCAUCUCAACUCAGCGGCCACUCCGCAACCUGGUGUCCUACCUCAACCAAAAACAAGCGGCAGGAGUCAUCAGCCUGCCUGUGGGAGGGAGCCGUGAUAAAGACACCACAGGGGUUCUACAUGCUUUCCCUCCCUGUGAUUUCUCCCAGCAGUUCCUUGAUUCCUCUGCCAAAGCUCUGGCCAAAAGCGAAGAGGACUAUUUGGUCAUGAUUGUGGUCAGAGGAGCAUCUUAAAUCAAGCAAAAACACACUAAGUGUAAAAAAAAAAAGGCUCUAUGUCAGUAACCAUUGCAUGCUGUGUGUUUUACAUUAUGGGGUACACUAGUAUGGUUCUUGAAUGUUGUAUGUUGCCAUGUUAACAACUAAAACAACAAACACUUCCCUUCCUGCUAGCAAACAAAAGGUGUGUGGUUUUUGAAUUUUGAUAAGCGCGUAUCAUACCUCCCAAAGAAAAAAAAUAACAUGCAGUGAUUCAUUUAAAAUACUUUUAAAAGGGGUAGGAUUUGGUUAUUAAACAAAUCGAACACUGAACACUGUUAGUUAAAAUAGUAUUUAUCCCAGUCUAAAACAAUGAAAGGAGUGCACACAAUAACAUUUCUGUAAUAAAUCAACAAAUGUGAAUGAGAUAAACAGAGACUUCAUUCAUCCAUUGGGUAAUCACAUUGAAAAUUGUAAAGUGGGUAUGUCCUUGACAGUGUUCAGUGAUUCUGGCCCAUAGCUCAUGUUAUUGUGUCUACACAUGAAGGGGGCCUUGAACACACCCUUUUCAUUAUACUUCUUCUAUAAUUGGAAUUAUUAAAACUUAAUGAAGGAAGGAUUGACGGACACAAAGGUCUGCAUGUUCUAUACUUCCAAGUUCCAAGUUCCAUGUACAACAAACUAUAGGGAAUAAUUUGGUAAAAAUAUUUUAACAAAGAACCUAAGUGGUUUCAAAGCUCAAACAUGUCACAAUUUCCCUCUCCAAAAUACCACCUUUCCUUUAUCCACACUUACAUUCUUUUUAAUAAGCUGAGUGGCGCAGAGUUGGGACAUGUUUGAAUGUCUGUUUGUAAUCUAAGGGUCUAUAUGUGAAAAUGAUACAGACUGCAGCUCUUAUGUUUAAGAUAAAUUGUAAAUUGAAUUGGCAAUGGAGUCAAUACACAAGAUUAUUCAAGAAUUGAUGAGUAUUUUUAACGUACAAUUUCAGUGUUAGAACUGAGGGCAGAUACUGUAUAUCGACUGGUCAAAACAAUUUCUGCGUGCACAAUGUAAAAAGAUACAGACACGAUGCACAAUACAAUUGCUGUAGCAGAAUUUCAGCAUUUACUAAAUAGUGCUAUGACUGACAAGGUCAUGUAAGUGUUUAACAGUAUGCCUGCUAUGCUGGUUGUAGUUUGCGCUGGUGUGGAACUGCACUGCAUCAUAUUGAGUUUGGUUACCUUAUUUAGCAACAUGAGAGGGUCAAAAUAUUAGGAGCAGUGGUCAAUAUGAGCGCAGUGCAGUUCGAAACCCCUGCCAACUACAAAACAAUCUAUGAAUAAUUCAAAACUGUACAAUAUUAUCUUUGGAUAGUGCUCGUAUUGGGUCUUAUUAGACUGUGCAAGUGGUCAUACUUUGGAGCUCACAAUAACAACAUGCAUUGCAUAGUGAUGCAAAUACUAACCUGUUUUCACAUUUUUAAUUCAUGCUUAUUUUGUGCAUCCCUACCUUUUAUAUAGAAAUGGCUGUGUCAUGUGUAAUCUAUAAACUACAACAGUAGAUGUGGAUAAAAAAAAAAAUCUUAGAAAAUUUGUGUUGACAUUUUGACAGCUUGUUUGAUUUAUUGCUCCGAAACCUGAAACGGUCCUUAAAAGAAUCAAAACCAGUAUGAGUAAGAUCCAAACCUGUUGUUUGUUCAGUAAGUAGGUCUGUGUCAUUUUAACUACCUGAACAGUUCCUGUUUGAAUUGACUUUUUUUUUUUUUUUUUUAGAAGUCUAAAGUUUACACUUGAUUUUAGCCAAGCCCACCCCAUGGCCUACUUACUGAAUCCUGUUGACAGCAUUGUAUGUAUGGAGUCAUUACCGCAGCGUUUGUGCUGGUAUAUAUAUUGGAAGCAUCAACAUGUGAGGACUUGAUGUUUGGAGCUCACGCUCGCUCCAUGACGACAACGUGUCGGUGAGGCUACUUUUAAGUUGUGUAGCCUUUCUCUGCAUCGUGUGCUGACUUCUGUUUAAAGUGGGCAAAUUGUACACGUUGAUGUCAUGGCAAAGGAGAGGCCGCGACAAGCUGUUCACCUGCAAGUGCAUCUGGGCACUUAAUAUGACCGAUUGUCAAUAAAUUGUUCAUUUGAAGGGAAA